CGCAGUUAGAAAUGAAUCGAAGCCGAGACACACUGACGCACAGAGAUAGACACUGGCAGAUUGGAUCGGAGACACAGGAAGACCGGAGAUACAGGUACAACUUGGGAUCGCGAUAAAUUCGUGGGUAGUGGAUGGAGCUGGCCAGGAUUCGGAUCCACCAGUGGCUGUUGCUGCUCCACCUUGUCGUUGUCGCGUCUGCUGGAAGUCACGCAAAUUGCAUGGAGUGUAAGCAGGUCAAGAAUAAAGUCCCAGAGCGAUGUAGAUAUUUGCUGGAGGAGGAUCUGGUCUUUGAGCGGAGGUGUGGCGGCACCUAUCCACUGUUGGCCUUCACCAAGUUUCGGGAUACGUUCGUCAAGACCGGAGAACCGUUCUCCCUCUAUAUGCCCUAUACCCUGGAUCAUGUCAUGGUGGUGAUGAAGGACUCGGCCCUGCAGAAUUGCGCUCGCUUUCAGCUCUCAGAUGUGGCCACGUUCUUUUGCCUGGACGAUAAUACAAAUGAAACCAUCAAGCUGGAGGUGGCCCACAUGUACUGCUUCCCAUUUCACAUCCAGCUGCCGGAUGACUUGAUGCAGGAGUGCCUGGCGGAGAACAAGAUGGGCAAGAGGUAUCUGGACGAUGUCCUCCGCGCCCGACGUGGCGUUAUCCACUAUACCUUCGGCGAUAGUCGCGGCCAUCGGCUUAUUUCUGGAUAUUUCUGCCCGCUUUUGCUGCUCCUUCUGCUGAUGAUGAGUCGUAAAUUUUUAUGCGAACUGCUGCCAUAAAGAUUGAUCGGUUAAGCCAAAGGGGAUAGCAUUAAAACCAAAAAUUGCUAAAACAAAAAAAAAAAACAAAAAAUGGGAAGAGUAGAGUGAAGUAAAGUAAAUAUAUAUGGAUUUUGAGCCUUAUCGCUGGCCUUGCUCCUGGCCAUCUCCUCCGCCCCGCGGGCCCUUGUUGAGUAUUUAUUUUAUGGCAAAACAAAUUAAACUAUAUUAACGCA